AUGGCACCCCCAGGAGAAGGGGGUACCUCUCCCGGUCCAGGACGAGUAUAUAAGGAGCAUUCCGCAGGACGACAAACCGCAGAAAGUUCUCUCCAAACAUGGAAACACUGGACGCACUACUCACCGCACCGGCCGACGACGCCGAGUUCGAGCUGCUGUGGGAACAAGCAAUGGCCACAGCAACAGGGCAAGCGCAUCUGUUCACCACAGAGAGACUGGCGACCAACACCACCAGCCAUCAGCGAGCAGCUGGCCCAGGGACACCCGGGGCACGCUCCGACCGCACGCACCACCAUGCCCAACAACCGCAGCCGCGUCGAUGACUCCCGACCGCCUGCGGAAUUUGAUGACCGCACCGUCAAGGAGGCGACGGAAGGUGCCGAUGAUUCGCGCCCCUGGCCCCAGCCUCAUCCGAGGGAGCACCGACCCGAUCAUCCGCCACCACGGCAGAGUCUUUUGGAGGUGUUGCCGCCACCGCCAAAGCAGCCGAACCGCCGACAAGCGCAUGACCGAACGAAGGUCAAGACACGACCGACACUGGCACCGAAACAACCAGACGGGCCUGUGAUCCCGCCUAUAGUACCGGAGAAGACCAGGGACAAGCUACGUGACCUAUUCGGGGAUUUAUCCGACCUGGACGAGACGCCAGGCAGCAUCAAGCGACCCAACGCGACCGCCGCUGCAUCACCGGACCAGAAGGGCACGGCCACCAGAAAGACACCGGCAUCAACAACUACAACUACCGCACCAGCGACCGCGCCGCAGACGGUCGCCACCGACGCAACCGCGUUACCGCCACCUCCAGCUGCAAUCAAGGAAACCACCGCCACCAACCGACCGACGCAUCUACCCGUAGUAGUACCGAUACGCGACGACAUCACCAUUAGCGUACCGUACCACGCCGCGCACAUCACGCGGAAGUAUAAGGCGCGCAUCAGGGGGAUGCGAUACACCCUCCGCUUUGGCCAUGACGGGCAAUGCCACUACGUGCGGGAAUUCCCGGCGUAG